GGCGUUGAUCCUACGCAAACAUAGAAUACGAAUACGGAACAUUCUAGAAACCAACGCAACCCUCUCUCUCUUUCACUUACCCUUCCCUAUAAUUUCUCUGUCCAUUCAUCUUCAAUUACAACCCCUCUCUCUGGUUUUCGCUGCUUCGUUUUCCAAAUCCCCCGUUUCUGAAUCCCCUUUGAAGUUUGAGUAUGGCAUCGAAACGCAUCUUGAAGGAGCUCAAGGAUUUGCAGAAGGACCCUCCUACAUCGUGCAGUGCAGGUCCUGUGGCUGAGGAUAUGUUUCAUUGGCAAGCAACAAUCAUGGGACCUGCUGAUAGCCCGUAUGCAGGUGGUGUGUUCCUAGUUUCAAUUCAUUUUCCUCCUGACUAUCCAUUCAAGCCACCAAAGGUUGCAUUUAGGACUAAGGUAUUCCACCCAAACAUCAACAGUAAUGGAAGUAUAUGUCUUGACAUUCUUAAAGAACAAUGGAGCCCAGCAUUGACCAUUUCCAAGGUCCUAUUGUCAAUUUGCUCAUUGUUGACGGAUCCCAACCCUGAUGACCCCCUUGUGCCUGAAAUUGCACACAUGUACAAGACUGACAAGGCUAAGUAUGAAGCUACUGCUCGCAGCUGGACUCAGAAGUAUGCAAUGGGAUGAUCAUGCCUUUUCCUUUGCUGUUCAAUGUGGCUGCGUAAUUAUGAUUUAUGCAGAAACACAAUAUUUUGAAUGAAUUAUUUAUCUUUUCUUGUCAGUGGAACUCAACCAUGUUAAGGGAAUUGGUUUAUCAUUUGUGAAUAUUUCUUUGUAAGACAUUGGUGACGCAAAAAAUUGUAUUGUAAUGUCAUGCAAACUUUCUGCAUGUUGACCUGCUAUUCCAAACGAGUGCUAUAGAUAUUAUAGUUAUGA